AUGGUAAAGCGUCGCAACCAGUGGAACCUAGUGUACGAGUAUUGCGCUCCUGAGGCGAGGGACAAAGGCAUAUCAAAAGAGGGAGAUGCAUUCUCUCUAGGAGCUGUCUUCUUGGAGAUGCUCAUCGUCUUGGACUACCCCGACAAGUUUGAAAGCCUCAAGCCUAUCUUGAAGCGUCCAUGCCCCUCCGAUGGGAUAUUAUCUUAUGCGAACAAUAUUCACCAAGUUCAUUCAUGGAUUGAGAAGAAACUUGAUGCUCUCAGCUGGCAGGAUAACAAAAUUCGCUCUAAGUGCAAGGAAAUGAUUUGA